GACAUGCAGAGGAUAACUUUGGAGGAGUUGAAGCAUAUCCUCUACCAUGCCUUCCGGGACCAUUUAACGAUGAAGGACAUUGAGAACAUCAUCAUCAAUGAGGAGGAGAGCCUGCAGGAGACGUCGGAGAACUGCCAAACAGAGUUUGAAGGAGUGCAUUCCCAGAAGCAGAACAGACAGACCUGCGUCCGCAAGAGCCUCAUCUGCGCCUUCGCCAUGGCCUUCAUCAUAAGCGUCAUGCUGAUCGCAGCCAACCAGAUCCUCCGGAGCGGCAUGGAGUAGUGCCCUUCCCCGCCGCUGCGUCCCCGGCUCACCGUGCAUGUGCAUGCCCUGCGGGCCGACGCUGUUCCUCCGAAAGCAGACAUGGACCAGACAGGGCACAGUGGAGUGAAGAACCCAAGGCUGCGGUGCAACGGGUGUUGCGAAUCCACUUCAUCUCCUUGGCAGGGACACAAAAGGGCUGUCUUAAAUGCUUUAAUGGUUUUGUUUCCUAAUGCAAUAAAAUAGCCAGGAGUUCCCAAUGACUGCGUCAAUCACCCCCAGGAACUCGGAAGAGAGACUUCAUUCCCAUCUCGGACUUUUCCAGUGGCCAUCCAGGCUGGUGGUGUAGGAGAGCAAGAGGGAGGCGUGGACGUGCAGUCAUUUCCAUGCCCCGUUGUCUCAACCCCCCAGGGUCAGCUGAAGACUCCCGGCUGAGGGAACCCUCAGUCCCCAGAGGCUGACUUCCGGCUCGCUCCCGAAGAGGGGGCCUUCCAUCCCACCCUGGCUUCCUUCCUCCACCCAGUGGAGCCCGUCCCCCCUCCCAAGGCGUGAGGGGAAAGCCAUCGAAUGGGGUGCAGCGCCUGUCGGUGUGCAGGGGGCACCCCUCGCUUCCGUUCUUACUGCCUUUUCUACAGGACUCCUGUUGGCAGAGUUGGGGAGCUCUCAGUUUCCGUCGGCACUUGGCUUUCUGUUCCUAGAGCCCAUCGCGCACCAGCAUUUUGGAAUCUGCAGAGAGCCUUUCUCCCAGCUUUGCCCCCUGUGCUGCCAUUAGUGAAAAAAGAAGCAUACUCGUGGGCAUCUCUAUAACCUAGACACAUAGACAGACGUAUGCAUUGGGCUUCUUCACGUGUGACGUCAUUCUCUCCUACUCGCUUACUCCUGAUAUAAGCUUGUCCUCCGACACACGUCCCUGCCUCCUUUGGGUGGGCCAGGUAGUUUCGGGGCGAGGGGGGGUGCAG